AUGGCCGCUCAGGUGGCCCCCGCCGCCGCCGCCAGUAGCUUGGGUGUCCCGGCUCCGUCCGAGCUGAAGAAAGCGGAGGCGCAGCAGCGGGAUUGUUCGUCGGAGGAGGCGGGGGGCGAGGCGGCGGAGCGCGGCGGCGGCGAGAAGCAGUCGGAAAGUGAAGGUCCCCCGGGAAAGGAACUGCAGGACGGGGCCGAGAGUAAUGGCGGGGGCGCUGGGGCCGAGCCCGACCUGAAGAGCCCCAACGGGAACCCGGGCCCUAGGCCCGUCGCCACCCUGAACAAUAACCUCCCGGAGCCGCCCGGUAGUGGUAGCGGCGGCGGCAGUAGCAACAGCAGCGACGGGGUGGGGACGCCGCAGCCACAGCAGCAGCAGCACCAACCGCCGCCCCCGACUCAUCCGGCCGCCUUAGCCCCGCCAGCCUACGGGUUCGGGCAACCCUACGGUCGAGGCGCCCAGGCGGCUGCGGCCGUCGUCGCGGCCGCUGCUUUCCACCAACAUGGCGGACAACAAAGCCCUGGCAUGGCAGCGCUGCAGAGCGGGGGCCUGGAGCAGCCGUACUCGGGGCCCGCGGGGCCCCCCCAGGGGCCGCCCCCUCCCCAGAACUCGCAUGGCGUCGGCGGCGCGGAGCACGGCUUCCCCAACCACCAGUACAACAACUACUACCCCGCCGCCGGGCGCAGCGCCGGCGCCUACCCGCCUCCCCCUCAGGCCUACGCCCUGAGCUCCCCCCGGGGAAACGCUCAAAGCCCCGCUCAAGCCGGGGCGAAACCGCCGGCCUCGGUUUUCCAGCAGCAGCGGUUCGGGGCCAUGGGGCCCUCGGCCGGCGGCGCAGGAGGCGGCAGCGUCGGUGGCCCUUCCCCGCAACCCACGUCGACCCCCACCCUCAACCAGCUGCUCACUUCCCCUAGCUCGACUAGAGGCUAUCAAGGGUACCCGGGGGCCGAUUACGGCAGCGGCCCCCAGGACGGCGGAGCGACGGCCAAGGCCCCGGCCGCACCGGACAUUGCUUCUCAAUACAGCGGGGCCACUGGUCAGGGCUGGGCGGCAGCCGGCCCGGGAAGCCAACAAAGGAGCCACCACGCGCCCAUGAGCCCCGGGAGCAGCAGCGCCGCCGGGGGACAGUCGCUUGCCAGGAGCCAACAGCCAUCCAGUCCAAUGGAUCAGAUGGGGAAGAUGCGACCUCAGCCUUAUGGAGGAAACAACCUAUACACACAACAGCAGGGACCUCAGUCAGGGCAGCAACAAGGCCAUGGGUAUCCAGGACAGCCAUAUGGGCCACAGACUCCACAGAGAUAUCCAGUGGGAACUCUAAGCAGGACGCAAACUGCAAUGGGCACUGUCUCUUAUGCACAGCAGAUACCGCCUUAUGGACAGCAGGGCCCUACUGGAUAUGGUCAGCAGAGUCAGACCCCUUAUUACAACCAGCAGAGUCCUCACCCCCAGCAACAGCCUUCUUAUGCCCAACAGCCCCCCACUCAGGCCCCACAUGCUCAGCCCUCUUAUCAGCAAACGCAAACUCAGUCUCAGCCGCCUCAGCUUCAGUCAUCCCAGCCCCCCUAUUCCCAGCCACAGCCACAACCAUCCCACCAGCAGUCCCCAUCUCCAUAUCCCCAGCAGCCAGCCCCAGGCCAGCAGCAACACCCCCAGGGUCAGACUCCCUACUCUCAGCAGCAGUCCCAGUCCCCUUACCAGCAGCAGCAGCAGCAGCAGCAAGCUCAGCAGUCUGCUACCUCGGCGCUCGCCCAGCCAUCGGCAACAUACCCUCCGUCUCAGUCACAGCAGCCGUCGGCUUAUUCUCAGCAGCGCUUCCCACCUCCACAGGAGUUGUCACAGGAUUCAUUUGGCUCCCAUGCGUCGUCUGCCACGUCAAUGACUUCCAGUAAAGGGCAAGAAGAUGUCACUUUGAAUCUUCAGUCGAGACCCUCUAGCUUACCAGAUCUCUCUGGUUCAAUAGAUGAUUUGCCUAUGGGUACCGAAGGAGCACUGAGUCCUGGCGUCAGUACAUCAGGGAUUUCCAGCAGUCAAGGAGAGCAGAGUAACCCAGCUCAGUCUCCUUUCUCUCCACAUACCUCUCCGCACUUGCCAGGCAUUCGAGGACCUUCCCCAUCACCCGUUGGGUCACCGGCUAGUGUUGCUCAGUCCCGCUCUGGUCCACUUUCUCCUGCUGCAGUGCCAGGCAACCAAAUGCCACCUCGACCACCGAGUGGCCAAUCAGAUAGCCUCUUGCAUUCCUCCAUGAAUCAGUCAACCAUAGCUCCAGAUAGAGGUUAUAUACAGAGGAAUCCACAGAUUCCCCAGUAUAAUUCUCCUCAGCCUGGAUCUGCCUUAUCUCCACGUCAGUCUUCUGGAGGACAGAUGCACACUGGGAUUGGACCGUACCAACAAAAUUCUAUGGGCGCUUAUGGGCCUCAGGGCGGUCAGUACGGGCCCCAAGGUGGUUAUCCCAGGCAGCCAAACUACAAUGCGAUGCCCAAUGCAAAUUACCCCAGUCCAGGAAUGGGAGGAACCAUGAACCCAAUGGGAGCAGGGAAUCAGAUCCAUGGUCAGACCGGUAUACCACCCUACCCUGGACUUCCACCAGGGAGAGGACUGAGUCACGCUGCCAUGGGCAAUAGGCCUUAUGGACCCAACAUGACCGCCAUGCCUCCCCAAGUAGGAAGUGGGAUGUGUCCUCCACCAGGUGGUAGGAAAGCACAAGAAGCCGCUGCUGCUGCUAUGCAUGCUGCUGUCAACUCAAUCCAGAAUAGGCCAUCUAGUUACCCUCACAUUAACCAAGGAGGAAUGAUGGGAACUGGCCCUCCCUACGGCCAAGGAAUUAAUAGCAUGGCUGGCAUGCUGAAUCCCCAGGGUCCGCCAUAUCAAAUGGGUGGGAAUAUGGCCAACAAUUCUGCAGGGAUGGCUGCAAGUCCUGAAAUGAUGGGGCUUGGAGAUGUUAAAUUAACACCUGCAGCAAAAAUGAACAAUAAAGCAGAUGGAACACCAAAAGCUGAAUCCAAGUCAAAGAAAUCCAGUUCCUCCACCACUACAAACGAAAAGAUUACUAAAUUAUAUGAGCUGGGUGGUGAACCAGAGAGAAAGAUGUGGGUAGAUCGUUAUUUAGCCUUCGCUGAAGAGAAAGCAAUGGGAAUGACCAAUCUUCCAGCAGUUGGAAGGAAGCCUUUAGACCUGUAUCGACUCUACAUUUCUGUAAAGGAGAUUGGAGGGCUGACUCAGGUUAACAAGAACAAGAAAUGGCGGGAGUUAGCUACCAAUUUGAAUGUGGGCACCUCUAGCAGUGCAGCAAGCUCUCUGAAGAAGCAGUAUAUCCAGUGUCUUUAUGCUUUUGAGUGCAAGAUUGAACGAGGUGAAGAUCCUCCCCCAGACAUCUUUGCAACGGAUAACAAGAAAUCACAGACCAAAAUACAGCCUCCAUCUCCAGCGGGUUCAGGCUCCAUGCAAGGUCCUCAGACACCUCAGUCCACUAGUAGCUCCAUGGCUGAAGGAGGAGACUUGAAGCCCCCAACUCCUGCAUCGACACCGCAUAGUCAAAUGGCACCCUUGCAAGGCAUCAGGAGUAACUCAGUAGGCCUUCAGGAUGCCUUUCCCGACGGCAGUGACCCUACUUUCCAGAAGAGGAACUCCAUGACUCCAAAUCCAGGGUACCAGCCCAGCAUGAAUACUUCCGACAUGAUGGGUCGCAUGUCCUAUGAGCCAAAUAAGGAUCCAUAUGGCAGUAUGAGAAAAGGAAGUGAUCCCUUUAUGUCCUCAGGGCAAGGUCCCAACAGUGGUAUGGGAGAUCCUUAUAAUCGAGCUACAGGUCCAGGAAUGAGUAAUAUGGCGAUGGGACCGAGGCAACAUUAUCCAUACAGCCAUUUUGAAAGAGUGAGAACCGAAGCAGGGAUGGGACCUGAAGCCAGCUUGGGAACUGGAACACCGCAGCCCAACAUCUUGCCUUCCACUCCGGAUUCAGGAAUGUAUUCUCCAAGCCGCUAUUCUCAACAACCACAGCAACGGCAUGAUUCCUUUAGCAAUCACUUCCCUACUCAAGGUACAUCCUCUGGCAGUCCCUUUCCUAGCCAACAGUCCACCUUAUAUCAGCCACAACAGAACUACAAGAGAACAAUGGAUGGCAACUAUGGUCCACCAGCCAAAAGGCACGAAGGAGAGAUAUACAACGUACCAUAUAGCACAGGCCAAGGACAAGCCCAGCAACAGCUCCCUCCAGCACAAACACAACAAACAAGCCAGCCCCAAACAGCUCAACCUUCCCCUCAGCAGGAAAUGUAUAACCAGUAUGCUGGGAAUACAUACUCUGCUGCAGAUCGCCGGCCUGCUGCUGGGCCUCAGAACCAGUUCCCAUUCCAGUUUGGCAGAGAGAGGGUCUCUGCUCCCCCUGGUUCCAGUACGCAGCAAAGUAUGCCUCCUCAGAUGAUAGGUGGCCCAAUACAGUCCACUCCGGAAGGCCCACAACAGGGCACCAUGUGGCAAGGGCGUAACGAUAUGGGUUACAGCUAUCCAAAUCGGCAGAGCACUGGCUCUGCGCCCCAGGGGUCUGCCUAUCACGGAGUGAACCGAACCGAAGAAAUGCUACAUCCAGAUCAGAGAGUUAACCACGAGGGACCGUGGCCUUCUCAUGGCAACCGCCAGCCUCCUUAUGGUCCUUCUGCCCCCGUGCCCCCAAUGACAAGGCCGCCCCAGCCUAACUACCAGGCCCAACCCAGCAUGCAGAAUCACAUUCCUCAGGUAUCUAGUCCAGCACCUCUUCCCAGGCCGGUGGAAAACCGGACCUCUCCAAGUAAAUCUCCAUUCCUGCAUUCGGGAAUGAAGAUGCAGAAGGCAGGGCCUCCUGUUCCAGCUUCACACGUAACACCAGCAGCUGUCCAACCUCCUAUGAUACGGCGCGACAUCACUUUCCCACCUGGCUCAGUGGAAGCUACACAACCAGUGCUGAAGCAGAGGCGGCGCCUGACCAUGAAAGAUAUUGGAACUCCUGAAGCAUGGAGAGUGAUGAUGUCUCUAAAGUCUGGGUUACUGGCUGAAAGUACGUGGGCCUUAGAUACCAUAAACAUCCUACUCUAUGAUGACAACAGCAUAAUGACCUUCAACCUCAGCCAGCUGCCAGGAUUGUUGGAACUAUUGGUGGAAUAUUUCCGACGUUGCCUCAUUGAAAUCUUUGGAAUCCUGAAGGAAUACGAAGUAGGUGAUCCAGGGCAAAGAACUCUGUUGGAUCCUGAAAGGUGUUGCCAAUCUUCAAAUUCCCCUGAAGGAGGAGUGGAGAAAGAAGAGCCACAGAAUUCUAACUCCGAGGUGGAGGAAGAGGAGGAAGGGGAGGAAGAGGCCGCCUUUGCAAAUAAAGUCACAGCACCUCUAGAAAGCAAUGAGGAGAAGCUAGUCAGUAAAUUUGACAAACUUCCAGUCAAGGUAGUUCAGAAGAACGAUCCAUUUGUGGUAGAUUAUUCAGAUAAGCUCGGCCGGGUACAGGAAUUUGAGAGUGGACUGUUGCACUGGCGGAUUGGUGGGGGAGACACCACUGAACACAUCCAGACCCACUUUGAAAGCAAAUUGGAGUUAUUGCUGACUCACAAACGAGCUUCCUGCAACUCUGUUCUGAGAAAACGCUCUGCAGCCGAGGGCAACCCUGUCACCCGAGAGGGAGAGUCCCCUGCACCUGAGGCUCCCCCAGAGAAAAGGAUAACAGCUACUAUGGAUGACAUGCUGUCAGCCCGACCAGGCUCCUUGGCAGAAGAGGAGGAAGUCAAACCUGUGGAGGUAACCAAGGAAAGCAGCAAAUUUCCCUUUGGCAUUAGUCCAGCUCAGAGCCACCGGAAUAUUAAAAUCUUGGAGGACGAGCCACACAGUAAAGACGAAACGCCCCUCUGCACGCUUCUGGACUGGCAGGACUCGCUGUCUAAACGCUGUGUUUGUGUAUCCAACAUCAUCAGGAGUUUGUCGUUUGUGCCAGGCAAUGACUUUGAGAUGUCAAAACAUCCUGGCCUGCUGUUGAUCCUAGGGAAGCUGAUUCUCUUGCACCAUAAGCACCCGGAACGCAAACAGGCACCCCUGACGUACGAGAAGGAAGAGGAGCAGGACCAAGGCGUGAGCUGCAACAAAGUGGAGUGGUGGUGGGACUGCCUGGAGAUGCUGCGUGAAAACACUCUGGUCACACUGGCCAACAUCUCUGGCCAGUUGGACCUUUCUCCCUAUCCAGAGAGCAUCUGUUUGCCUGUACUGGAUGGACUUCUCCAUUGGGCGGUGUGUCCUUCAGCAGAAGCCCAAGACCCUUUUCCAACCCUUGGGCCUAACGCUGUCCUCUCCCCUCAGAGACUGGUUUUGGAAACCCUCAGCAAACUCAGCAUCCAGGACAACAAUGUGGAUUUGAUCCUUGCAACGCCACCUUUUAGUCGCUUGGAGAAACUCUACAGCACCAUGGUGCGCUUUCUUAGUGACCGAAAGAAUCCCGUAUGUCGGGAGAUGGCUGUGGUACUACUGGCCAACUUGGCACAGGGUGACAGCUUGGCAGCUAGAGCCAUUGCCGUGCAGAAGGGCAGCAUUGGCAAUUUGUUGGGCUUUUUGGAGGAUAGCCUGGCAGCUACUCAGUUCCAGCAGAGCCAGGCCAGCUUGAUGCACAUGCAGAACCCUCCCUUUGAGCCGACCAGCGUGGACAUGAUGCGUCGGGCAGCUCGGGCGCUGCUCGCCCUGGCCAAAGUGGACGAGAACCACUCAGAGUUCACGUUAUACGAAUCACGGCUGUUGGACAUCUCCGUGUCACCUCUGAUGAACUCAUUGGUUUCACAAGUUAUUUGUGAUGUACUGUUUUUAAUUGGCCAAUCAUGACAGCCGUGGGAUGCCUAUACCCCCUGUGUGUGUGUGUGUGAAUGGAGGACUUAGAAACUGAUUGUUGCCCUUUAUUUAUGCAAAACCACCUCAGAAUCCACUGUCUGCCCUGCGCUGUCCUGCUUCUACCUUGGGGAAAAGAUAUUCCCCCUGCCCUCACCUCUGCCCUUCAGAUCUAUCCUUAACCCCCUGUUCAAGGAGACAAAAGUUCUGCCUACAUUUAAAAAAAAGACUUUUUUUAUUUUAACCAAAGUUGCUGUUGUUUACAGUGAGUUUGGGGAAAAAAACUUUGUCCUGUUAACGCACCGACAGGCACUACUUUCAUAACUGUUUUUAAAUGGUAAACUCUGAAGGACAAAAAGUGACUGCUGAACUCUUUGUGUGGUUUAUCGUUGUACAUUCACAAUCUUGCAGGAACCAAGAAGCUACCAGUUGUUAACAGACCUUGUCCAAUGGAGGCCUGUGCAGUAGAGUGUAGAACUUCAUGUACUGUACACCUUAAACUGUAAACAUACUGUAAUAAUGUCUCACAUUGAAGAAGAAAAAAAAAGCUGGAUCAGCAGCAAACUGUAGUUUUUAAAAAUGUUUUUAGUUAAUGUUGAGGAGAAAAAAAGGCUUUUCCCCCAAAGUAUCAUGUGUGAACCUACAACACCCUGACCUCUUUCUCUCUUCCUCCUUGAUUGUAUGAAUAACCCUGAGAUCACCUCUUAGAACUGGUUUUAACCUUUAGCUGCAGCCUGACAGCUGCCAGGUGUGUAUAUAUAUAUAUGAUGUUGUACAUUGCACAUGCCCUCAGAUUCCUUGCAGUUUUGUUCCCCUUCUCCCUGCCACCCCUUUAUAGUAUGACGAGUUAAACAAGUUGAUGACCUGCAAAAGCGAGACACCAAUUAUUUAAUCUCUUGCCAGAACUUUCUUUCUCUUUCUCUCUUUCUCCCACCCCCACCCCCUUUCUUUUGCCUCUGGAGGAUGCUGUACAGGUCUGUGUAUAAAGUCAUUGCUGUCUCAGCAGCCAAUCAACUUAUAGUUUUAUUUUCCUGGGGUUUUUUUGUUUUCUUUUGUUUCUUUUCCUUUCUAAUCGAGGUGUGAAAAAGUUCUAGGUUCAGUUGAAGUUCCUGAUGAAGAAACACAAUUAAAUUUUUUCAGUGAUGAAUUCUGCAUAUUUGUAUUUCAGACGAUGUAGCUAAAAACUUGAUGUAAAUUCCUCCCUUUUUCCUUUUUUGGCUUAAUGAAUAUCAUUUAUUCAGUAUGAAAUCUUUAUACUAUAUGUUCCACGUGUUAAGAAUAAAUGUACAUUAAAUCUUGGUAA